AGGCCCCGCCAGGCCAGGAGGGGGCAGGCUGCGCCCCAGCAAAGCGGGACUGAGAGCCCGAGGCCCCGCCAGGCCAGGAGCCAGACCCCAGUUUAACAUGAACUUAGGAGUCAGGAAAAAGAAUGAGAAAACACACCCACCCACCCCAAAGCACGGGGCCAAAACCAUGUACUGACGAGGAAGAUCAGAAGAUCAAGCAGGAAAACAGGACGUCAGAGCUGGCUACGUGAAACAGCCCAAAAGCGCAGGAGGCGCCUGUGCCCCCCUGAGCCAGGGGAGGGAGAGCGCAGGAAGAACUUCAGGGGAAGGGGGCCUGGGCGGAAGUGGGGGGGGCUGGGCAGACGUGGGAGCGGAAGAAGUCACGGGGCCGGGGGCGGGGUCUGCGGGGCCGGGGGCGGGGCCUGCAGUCCCGGCCCGGCCUGGGAGAGAAGGCUCCCUCCGCCUGUGGGACUGUCAGGGCCCGCUCUGAGCACCAGGAAGUCCCGCCCCGGGGGGGCGGUGGGACGCCGGAAGUCUCGGAGCUGCGCUCUGCCCCCUGCCCCUGGCUGGUCCUGCUGUCCCGGGGGCUCCGGUCGCUUUGUCUGCGGAACCCUGAGCCGCGCGCGCGUUCCCCGGGUAGGUCGGAGCCGGCGCCCCCCGCCCCUGCCGCGGCUCGGCCGCCGAGUCUCCCCCUCCCCGGAGCUGGGAGAGGGUCCCCCGCGCAUAGCGGGAGCUGCCCCUUGAGCCCCGCUGCUGGGGGCGCUCCCCUACCCCGGGGCUCCCCCCGCCCGGAUUUCCCUCCCCGCUGAGAGACUCGGUCCCUCGGCGUCCGGGAGCCCUGCUGUCAGCCUCUGCUCAGGCCCGGCUCCGGUGCCCGUCCCUGGCCUCAGAGGCGGCACCUUUAAGCGUCCCGCGCUCCCGCCCCGGCGCCCCCUGGGAGCAGUGACCGAGGCUCCUUCCGGCGCCGGCUCAGCCGCGGCUCUGGGUCCCAGGGAGCCCGGAGCCGGAGGGAUGGGCCCUGGGAGCCCGGGACCCGCACAGGACUUGGUGACAUUCAGGGAUGUGGCUGUGGACUUCACCCAGGAGGAAUGGGGCCUCUUGGACCCUCCUCAGAAGGAGUUGUACAAGGAGGUCAUGGUGGAGAAUGCCCGGAACCUGCUGUCCCUGGGGCUUCCAGUUCCCAGAAAAGAUGUGAUCUUUUAUUUUAAGCAAAGACAAGUACCCUGGGUACUGGACCAAGAAAGCCUGAGGAGCCGCUCUCCAGAAAGUGAGAUCAGAAUUGAAGUGAAGGAAAGUACUCACAAGCAAAGAUUCAGGAGCACCUGUGACUUCACUUGGAGAGAAAUGUGUACUACACAUGAGAAAGUACACACUGGAGAAAAACCUUAUGAUUGUAACCAGUGUGGAAAGUGUUUCAGCAAUAAGGGAUAUCUUACUAUACAUCAGAGAAUCCACACUGGGGAGAAACCGUAUGAAUGUAACCAGUGUGGAAAGACUUUUAGGUAUAAGACAAGUCUUACUGGACAUCAGAGAAUCCAUACUGGGGAGAAACCUUAUGAAUGUAACCAGUGUGGAAAGGGUUUUACACAUAAACAAUCACUCACUCUACAUCAGAGAUUCCACAGUGGAGAGAAACCUUAUGAGUGUAACCAGUGUGGAAAGGCUUUUAGUGAUAAGAGAGUUCUUACUGUACAUCAAAGAAUCCACACAGGAGAGAAACCUUAUGAAUGUAAUCAGUGUGGAAAGGCUUUUACAAUAACGGGAACUCUUACUAGACAUCAGAGAAUCCACACGGGAGAGAAACCAUAUGAAUGUAACCAAUGUGGAAAGUCUUUUAGAAAAAAAGAAUCUCUUACUAUACAUCUGAGAAUUCACACAGGGGAGAAAACUUAUGAAUGUAACCAGUGUGGAAAGACUUUUAGUGAUAAGGGAUAUCUUACUGUACAUCAGAGAAUCCACACUGGAGAGAAACCUUAUGAGUGUAACCAUUGUGGAAAGGGUUUUACAAUAACGGGAACUCUUACUAGACAUCAGAGAAUCCACACAGGAGAGAAACCUUUUGAAUGUAACCAGUGUGGAAAGUCUUUUAGAAAAAAGGAAUCUCUUACUAUACAUCUAAGAAUCCACACUGGAGAGAGAAUUUAUGAAUGUAACCAAUGUGGAAAGACUUUUAGUGAUAAGGGAUAUCUUACUGUACAUCAGAGAAUCCACACUGGAGAGAAACCUUAUGAAUGCAACCAGUGUGGAAAGACUUUUAGAUAUAAGAGAAGUCUUUAUGGACAUCAGAGAAUCCACACUGGAGAGAAACCUUAUGAGUGUAACCAGUGUGGAAAGACUUUCAGCUAUAAGGAAUCACUUACUGUACAUCAGAGAAGCCAUGCUGGACAGAAACCUUAAGAAUGUAAUUAAUAUGGACCAGGAUUCAUAGAAAAAUCUGCUUGUUUCUUUCCAUAUAUGUGAGGCAAAGUAAUGGCAUUAAAAUAAGGAGAAAA